UGAACAAUAAGAAAUUCAUAACGUCAGCUUUUUACCACUGAGACAUCUCACUGCUUAGCAACAACUGGCACAGAAAACCUUUAAAACCAACUGGCUCAAAGUUACCGUCCUCAUUUUGGAGUCUUGUGAACGGAAAAAAUCAUAAAAUAUGGUAUAGCAUAAGCAAUUGUAUAUAUCUGUGAUGAGAACAUUUUCUGAAUGAUUUAUUUGCGCCAAUUUCUCCAAGGCUGAGAGACAAAAAAAAACCAGGGAGAAGAGAUUUCCUAGUCAAGUUGUUGAAAUUCCAAGGGAAUUCGAGAGGCACGUGACUGGCAAGGGAGGAGAUAAUCUUCGAAAUAUCAGCACGCUGACUGGGGCACAAGUGUUUCAUCGAGGAAAUAAGCGCUACGAGCUGAGAGGAUCAGAGAAAGAAGUAAAACAAGCUGAACUACUUUUGAAACGCAGAGUGGCUUCAGCGAGAGUUAAAACGGACAUCAUUUGUUGUUACAUUGACGAUAGGAAUCUGCCAGAAGAGUGUGAUCUUAAGCUUGUGCCUGUUGAAGGGUUGAAGCGCAUGGUGUUACCAGGAUCACGCUCCCAGUAUCGGCUGAUACCUUCUGAGGACUACAAACCGGUAGCCGGAAUUCGAAGCGACAUCCCAUUUUAUCAAGCUGGCCUCGUGGACCAUGCACUGGAAUGUCUAAAUAAGAUUAAGCAAGAAAUUGAGUCAAAGAAAUUUCAGGAAGCUGACAUGUGGUGUCAUUUUGGUACAGCUAUUAUUCGGGAACCCAGUGAAGCGGACGUUGCUGAAAUAUGGAACCUCACAGAGGCGGUUGCCAAAAUACAAAAGGGCAGGAAAAGCGAUUGGCGAAUUGCUUUCAAGGAAGGCAUUCAAAUUGACAAGAAGGUGUUACAGGAGACUUUUAGUACACAACCGGCUGAAGAUGAUUUAUACGCGGCAAGAUAUGAUUUGAGCUUUUUAACACCUUCAGGAAGAUCAAUAAGAUGCAAGGUGUGGGUCGCUAACAUAGGUGUACAAAGAAAGCUAGAGGAACUUCCAAUCCCAUUUAGUGACGUUAGGAAUAUUAUAGAGGAGAUUCAUCUUGAAGAUGAGUUGACGAGAUCACGAUGUCGGGCAUGGUUGGUUCUAUCAUCUACUAAAUAUCUUCAGGCAGAUAUAUUAUGUCCAGGUUGCAUAGUCGACUACAGAAUUAUGAUAAGACCAAUAUCAAGUGAGUUUUGGAGCUUUUUGUCUCAUUUCCAAACAACAAUUCGUAACGACAACCGCCAACAACAAUGAAAACAGAACAGGGCACAUGCAAUUAAUUACUCUGCUACUCUUCACUAGUGCUUUGCUCUGCUCAUUCUUUAUUUACGAUUCACUUGAACUCAUGAAGCGAUUUUAAAUCCACAACGGCCGCCCUUCAGCUUUGCACGCACUCUAUCCAUUUUACGAGUGCAUCUCACCACUCUGUUCUCAUGUUUGCUCGUCCAGUUAUCAGUCAUUUCAAAAGGUUGAACUUCGACCCUAUCAUUGAAAUUGAAACAUCCCUUACUACGAACUUCUACGAGGAUCAUCGUUUUUCAUGAGAAAACGUCCGCUCUGAAAUUACAUUUUUAUUCUCCAUUUUCGUUUUACACAUUUUCUGUAGCAACUAGAAUUUUCUUUGUUUUGGGUUUCACGUUUCUCCGUGACCUCUGGGGAUUACGUAAUCUACUCGGUAGUACGUUUAUGCAUACCUUUGAAUUCAUUUUCGCCAGUG